AUGGAAGGCGGUGCAGAUAACAACAACAACGAAAACAACGAAAACCACAAUAAUAAUAACAAUGGUACAACUGCAGAAGAGACUGCAGUAAAGGCGGAAACUCCAGUGAUAUCUAUUAAGGUUGUGAACGCAGAUGGAGCUGAGAUGUUUUUCCGUAUUAAAGCCGCUACACAGCUAAAGAAACUCAUUGAUGCCUAUUGUAAGAAACAGGGUAUCUCUCGCAGCAGUGUUCGCUUUCUCUUUGAUGGAUCACCCAUUGAUGAAUCAAAAACUCCAAAGGAUUUGGGUAUGGAGGACGAUGAUGUCAUAGAUGCAAUGGUUGAACAAACAGGUGGUAGAAUCUUUUAUUAA